UCUUAUAUAAAACCUUCGGUUUCUGUACUCCAGAAAAUGAAUUGAAUGAUAAACCCGCCAAAAAGAUGGUUAGACUUUAUAGAGGCCGUCAAUGGUCAAGGAUGCAUAUGAUACAUCAGAUGAUCAGCUCAGCGGUCUAACGGCCAGGCUUGGCAGGUGACCCUGUUAUCGCUCCAUACAGAGUACUACGGAGAUCCAGUUCCCCUCCAACAUUCUCCUUAUAUCCAGGUUUCCCGGGUUGAUCAUGGAUUGAUUGAUCCCAUCGUUUCUACUUCCAGAAAGUGAAUUUUAAUACCACACUAUAAUCGAAAGCAAUGAAUCGCUUCCGGAGAUGGAUCUCUCCCCGGUCGGAAUAUGAGCCACUCGAGCAACCUCCGCAUGACGGAGAGGAUCGCCACUUGAUAUCUUCCCAAACACUACCAGAGCCACGCUUCUCCAGGUUUGAAUAUGGGGUAUUCUUCCUCCUUGGGGUUUCCAUGCUCUGGGCAUGGAACAUGUUCCUCGCCGCUGCGCCGUAUUUCUAUCACCGCUUCAGCUCGGAUGAGUGGGCUGUGGCCCAUUACCAGGCCUCCAUUCUCAUUGUGUCGACCGUCACAAACUUGGGCUCAUCGUUCACUCUCGCGAAGCUGCAGAAAUGGACGUCAUACCCGAAACAGAUCACGGUUUCACUGCUGAUCAAUAUCGUGAUCUUCACGUUGCUCGCAUUAUCUACCGGUCUUCUGAAAAACGCUUCCAUUGGAUUAUAUUUUAGCUUCCUGAUGCUUAUGGUAUUCGGAACUAGUUGCGCGACCGGAAUGAAUCAGAUCGGCGUAUUUGCCUAUGUCUCUGGUUUUGGGAGACCGGAAUAUACUCAAGCUAUUAUGGCAGGCCAAGGCCUAGCAGGUGUCCUGCCAUGCAUCGUGCAGAUACUCUCUGUUUUGGCUGUCCCAGAGCAAACAGGGGAACAGAACAUCCCACAAGAGUCGUCCAAAUCGGCAUUCUUGUACUUCAUAACUUCUACUUUUGUAUCGCUAUCGGCACUGGUUGCUUUCGGUUCCCUUGUUAGGCGACGGUCGAACACCAUGUCCAAAUUCGCGCAGAGUUCAUCUGACGCUACUUCUGACCACACAGGUCGCAAGUCUGUCAGCCUCUGGAGUCUUUUCAAAAAGCUUCGUCUCAUGGCUCUUGCGCUUUUUUUCUGUUACACUGUCACUAUGAUGUUUCCUGUCUUCACGGCAAAGAUCGAAUCAGUCCGGGACCCACAGGGUAGUUCCCGUUUGUUCCAACCGGCUGUUUUCAUCCCGCUGGCGUUCUUGUUCUGGAAUGUAGGAGACUUGGCUGGAAGGAUAUUAGUCCUUAUUCCCCAAUUAUCAUUAACCCACCGGCCUUUUGCUCUGUUCAUCCUGGCAAUUGCUCGCAUUGGGUUCCUCCCCCUUUAUCUUCUAUGUAACAUACGCGGUCGAGAGGCCGUCGUGAAGAGUGAUUUCUUCUAUUUAUUCGUUGUGCAAUUGCUUUUUGGCAUUGGCAAUGGUUAUCUUGGAAGCAGCUGCAUGAUGGGCGCUGCUCAAUGGGUCUCUGAGGAUGAUCGUGAGUCGGCGGGUGGAUUUAUGAGCUUGAUGCUGGUAGGAGGCUUAACUGCUGGCAGUCUGCUGAGCUUCUUUCUUUCUAGUGUGUGAUUUUGAAUGCCUGCAUCUGUUUCCUUGUUCACCCAGGUCACGGGCUAUGACAUCUAGCAGUCUACAGAUAGAUAUUAGAAUGUGCUCUACCGCAUCUAGCUGCAACAAUAGAACCAAUUAUCAUAUCUCUCGUUUCUUUUGUAACAUGUUCUAGACAGCCAUUUUCCCACCACAAUACGACAAGGAACAAGCAAUACUGACCCUAGAGCCGUGAAUCCUGGAUGGGACGCAACACUCAUAGCGGACAUUACUCUAUAUAAAAUGCACAGUACUACUUCAAGCUUUUAGACAGUGUCU